AUGGAUCAAAAAAUUAAAUUAUUUUUAAUUAUUAAAAUUGUUACUUUUAUAUUUUUAUUGCGGAUAUGCCUUUUUACUAAUGAUGCGAGCACAUUAAAAAAAUUAUUGAAUGAGAAAUACAUUGUUGAUAACAAAUUAUUUGGAAGAACAUACCGAUUAUUAGGAAAACAUAAACUGGAAAAACGUUCAAAUGUUGUAUGUAUAAAAGAAGGGCUACCAAAUAAUUGUGUGUUCGAGAAAAAAAUUAUAUCUCAUCAUGAUGAUGAGACUAUAAGUAAAAGGAAACAAUCAAAUAAAAAUUCAGUAGAUAAAUCGCAACUCUAUACAGAAGUUAUAGAUUAUGAUAGUGGAAUGUUUGAUGGGAAGCAUUAUCAUUAUGAAAAAAAAUGGAUUAACAAAAAGGAAUAUGAUAAUAUCGUUAAAAGAAAAAGGAGAAUUAAUUUUAUUACUUUAAGUAAAAUGAAAUAUAAUGGAUAUGGACUAGUGAUUGCCUUAUUUUUUUUUUUAUUCUUAUUAGGAAUUGGAUUACCCAUAAUAGAAUUUUCAGGGGUUAUGACAAGUAUUGGAAACAAAUUGGUAGGUCAGGCAUGGUGGUCAUCUAUGAAAAACUUUGGAUAUAAAUUGGUAUCAUUACUUCCAGAAUUUAUAUUAGAUAAUAUUUUUAUAAUAUCAUAUGUGGUGUCUAUCAUUAUGUUAGCUAUCGUAUUUGUGAUACUGGUCCCUAGGAUCUUAAGAAAUAAUGAAAAAUAUAAAAAAAUUAAGUUGAUGAGAGAAUAA